AUCAGAUCAAGUGAGGUACAAUUAUCUUGUAUAACACCGCACCUUCUCUUUCCUGUAAGGAAUUUAAGCAGGCAUUUUGGAAAUAACAUGACAGCCAUUUUGAGCUUUGGGAUAAUAUCAUUGCUUUUCUUUCACUGUCAGGCAAAUGACUUGUUUGUACAGAAAUCAGCUGCCACACAGUUCCUACAUCGAUUUCGUAAAUCUACCUGUCGGAUAUUCCCUGGAAUUUUGUUCGGGUGUCUGGAAAGGGAGUGCUGUGAAGAAACCUGUUCCAGAGAAGAGGCCCGGGAGAUUUUUGAAAAUGACCGCAUCACUGAUAUAUUCUGGCACUAUCACAGUCGUGGAAAGAAUACACUUCUACUAUACCUUCUGGAUAAUGCAGCAAAAAUUGUUGAAGGUCAAAUGAAAAUUUAUGAACUUAGAAAGGAGCUCACUGAAAAGAAACAAGAAAUCCAUGACUUACAAGAUCAACUCUCAGCAAAGUUAGAAAGUUGUGUUGAUGAUAAAUAAUAGGAAAGACAUUUUAUUUUCCCUGUUUGAUUCUGCCUUAGCAGAAUCAAACUAUUAAGUUUAUGUUAAAUUCGUAGUGAAAAGCUUUUUGAUCAAUAAAAUUGAGGUAUGAAUGAUAAAUGUUAUAAAUGCAUUGUAUUUAGGCCUGUUUCAUUUGUCUUUUCAUCUGUACCUUUAGAUACUAUUGUAGU